GCCGACACUUCUUAUAUAUAUAUCUCCAGUCGCUAUUCCUUUCGCUGGCCAUUCACCCCUUUCUGUUUUUAAAAUUUUAAUUAAUUAUCUCUUCUUCUCUACUUCUUCUUCUUCUUCUUCUUCCCUCUUCGUAGAAGAAGAAUAAUUGAGGGGAAGAGAGGAUUAACGUCUGCUAAUUCUUGAUUUUUUUUGGAUUUUUUUUUCUUUGUUCUUCUGUUGCUCGAUUUGAUCUUGGAGAGUUCGUCAACGCUUAGAGGUCUGAGCUUUUCCUCCCCUGUUUCUAUUAGUUGCAGGAGACUCGAUUUCGGCGACUCUGGUUAGUUAAAUGAUUCAUUCUUGUGUCCUGUUUGAAGAUCUCGAAGGAGGAAUGCUAUGAUUUUUUCCCUCGUGAGUUGAAGAAGAACUUGAGACUUUAUUGGAGCUUUUCAGGUUGUUGGUGCUGCUUCGUUUUGAUGAUUAGUUCGAAGGUUUCCAUCGCAAGUUUGUUCGUUUAGAAAUGGUUUGCUUCGACACUGUAGAAGAUCGUUGUCAAGCGGGCGUUGGAGGGAUCUGACGCAGAGGUUCUUUCUUCUUUCCUGGGUGAGUGGUUGCCUGUAAUCCAAGGAAGAAAAGAUAAAGGCGAAAGGAAACAAAUAAAUUAAUAAUCACAUCUUUGACAUUUCAACGACAGCACAGGAGGAAGAAGAGGAAUUAAAAGUAUUAAGUCUCUCAUUUCGAUCGGCCAAUGGAGAUGAUGCGAAUGAAGACGAAGACCAAAGGAAUGUCGGUCAUGAAGGGCAACUCCGGGGGCGGUGGUGUCGGUGAACCAGAGGCUGUACAUUGGGAACUCAGACCAGGUGGAAUGCUCGUUCAGCAGCGGAAUCCCGAUUCCGGUAGAGCCGCCUCUGUCGUUCCCACCAUUAGAGUUAAGGUCAAAUACGGUUAUUCUUAUCACGAAAUCUACAUCAGCUCUCAAUCUAACUUUGGGGAGUUGAAGAAGCUAUUGACUGCGCCGACUGGAUUGCAUCAUGAGGAUCAGAAGCUGCUAUUUAAGGACAAGGAGAGAGACUCGAAUGCCUAUCUUGAUAUUGUGGGAGUGAAAGAUGGAUCAAAACUCGUUCUUGUGGAGGACUCGAUUAGCAGGGAAAAAAGGUUCCUUGAGAUGCGUAAGAAUGCCAAGAUGGAGAAGGCUUCAAAAUCCAUCUCGGAAAUCAGCUUGGAAGUUGACAAGCUCGCUGCCCAGGUAUCUGCUGUCGAAUCCGUUAUAUCUAAAGGUGGAAAAGUUGCAGAGACCGAUGUGUUGAAUCUGAUUGAGAUGUUGAUGAACCAACUGCUUAAGUUGGACGGUAUCAUUGCGGAUGGAGAUGUGAAAUUACAAAGGAAAAUGCAGGUGAGGAGAGUACAAAAGUAUGUUGAAACUCUUGACCUGCUGAAGAUCCGAAACGCCAUGCCCAGUAGCUAUAGCAAUGGCCAUGACAAUGACAAUGGCAAUGGCAAUGGUAAUGGUGGUCAGAAUCGAAGGCAACAGCAGCAACAGAAGCAUUCAACUAGGGAAGUGCCAGAGCAAAUGCCAGUUUCAAAGCCAAUCCAGCAGCCACAGAAGCGUUCAACAGGUCAAAAUUCACACACACUACAGCAGCCGCAGCAACCUGCAAGGCAUUCGACGGCAGGAACAGUGGUGACAACCCAAUGGGAGACUUUUGAUUUUGAUUUACCGGCGUCCCCCGUAUCAACCACCGGCUCCGCCACCACCAACACCACCACCUCCACCACCACCACCACCACCACCAUUGCCCACAGCCAAAGCCAGACCCCUCCUAGUAAGUUCAGCUGGGACUUCUUUCAGUAAAGUAAAAUUUCCCUCAAAUGAUCCAAAAUGAAAAUCUCACUUCAUAUAGAGACUGAGAGGGAGAGAGGUUAAGAGAGGUUAUGUGAAAAUUUGGUGGGUGGCGUGUGGUUUGGGUUUGCACUUUUCUCCAUUCUUUUCUGUAUUUAGAUUUUGGGAGCAUCUGAUCAUUCAUCAUACCCUUUUUUUCACUUAAAUUCGAUCGGUCUGUAAUAAAUGGGGUCGUUAUGAUUGCUGGGUUUUCAUAGUUUUAGAUUUUUUAUUUUUUAUUUUAAUUUUCUGUUUCUUUGGCGUUUAUCUGCCAUUUGUAUGUGUCUAAAACAUAAUAUGUGCCAUGUCUGAUGUCUCUAUGUAUAUUUGAAUUGAUUACACAGAAAGGUUAGUGCUUUAGAUUUGAAACUUGAAAAAGAUGAAGUGAUAAAAGUGUAGUUUGGAUAA